CGGGGCCGGGUGCGGGGCAAUCCGUGGCCGAGACGGGAUCGACAUUUCGGGCUGAGCCGGGGGUGGGUGGUCGGGGUCAGGGGUUCAGGGGUGUCAACUUAUAAACUUGACGUCGUUCACUUUAGUUUCCAUGUUUACACAACCUAAGUUUCACUAUUAGUCUUAUAACUCACCUCACAUCAAACUAAAUCUCACUCACCAUCCACCAUGUCGGAAGAAAUACCGGAAGAACUCAUCACCAACUAUGCGCAAUUCCGCGACAUCCUCUCAUCCUUCCUGAUCGAGCGCAUGGCCACCCCCUUCUCCAAACCCAAACCCAAACCCAAACGGCGCUCCAAGAAGAAACCCACCAACUCCCCACCGCCAACCUCGCCAGACACCACCGACGCCGAACCCUCAGCAGACGACCUCGCCGACUUCACCUCCUACAUCGCGACCUCGACCUUCCUCACCCUCCCCUUCGACCUCCAAUCCCUAACCUACCACACCUGGACCGACAACGCCCACUUCGCAAGCACCCUCUACCCGCUCCCCCUAACCGCCGAACGCACCACCACCCUCCUCCAAACCUUAGACCCCUCCAUCCCCGACUCCCUCGCCACCUACGGCAUCACCGCACCGCCCACAACAACAACAACAACACCCUCCAACCUGCCCACCCCCUCCGAAUUCCUCGCCCCCGUGCUCACCGCCUACAUCAGCACCGCGACGGCCGCCCCGCCGCCGCCGGCCUCCACCAAAGCGGACGCGGCGGGUUGCGAGAUCUGCGGGCGCGACUGGAUCAACCUGAGCUACCACCACCUGAUCCCGCGGAUGGUGCACGACAAGGCGGUGAAGCGGGGGUGGCACCGGGCGGACGAGCUGCAGAACGUGGCGUGGCUGUGCGGGGCGUGCCACCGGUUCGUGCACCGCUUCCGCGGGCACGAGGAGCUGGCGCGGGAGUAUUAUACGGUGGAGAGGUUGUUGGGCGCGGAGGAGGUGCGGAGGUUUGGGGAGUGGGUUGGGAGGGUGAGGUGGAAGGCGAGGUGAUGUGGUAGGGUUGGGGGAUGCGUAGUGUAGGUGGUGGUGGUGGAAGCCGGUUUGAUCAUGGGAUUUGACAUUACCUUGGUUCAUUUUUUCAUAUAUACCCACCCAAAGCCAUACAUGCCAUGCCCAUUUAAAUCCAGCGCUGAAUCCAACCCAACCCAAAAAAGAACCCCAAACUCCAUCCCAUCCAAGAAAAGCCUCCCACAAUUUAUCCCCUACCGACGGGAUAUCACUUCCCCGGCAAAAGCGCCUCCUCAUCCUCCUCCCUUCUCCCCUGCCCCCCUCCACCCCCCUCCCUCCCCCUCCC